GGACGUACUUUGUCAGUCUUGAACAAGUCCUCGAAGCGGAUGAUCGAAUCCGAAGUGCGGCAGUGCUGUUAAGUGUUCUGUGUCCGAAUACAACACCAAGGAUUUUACAUAAUUUUUAUUUUAUUUGUCAUUCUCUGAGGAUAACAGCUGAUAGCGUUCGUUGAACAUUCGCGAUGGCUAAACCGAAGACGAAUUCUGAACCGGAGGAAAGCGCGAUGGGUUUCAAGGACAAACAGAAGGCCCUUGAUACUCUGAAGGCUCUUGACGGCCGUGACGUGUCCUAUCAGUAUCACGUUAUCACCAGUUUCGUCAGCCGAGCAAAAAGGACGAUUCAAAUCACGAAGGACGAGGAGAAACUCACGAAUCUUCGAGAGGCUCAACAGGUAUUCGAAGACUGGCUUAACGAUUAUAAAGAAAAUCACCGUGGCAAGGAAAACCUCGGCUAUCUACCAGUUGAAACCGUCAAAGGCUUCAGGGCUUUGGCCAAGAAGUACGGAGUCCUGGACGACAGUUUCUACCGAGCGUACAAGGAAGAAAAGGGAGAUUACAAGACACUGCGCGGAGUGAAAACUCCGAGCGGAGAGACGACCUGGGACAUCGAGAGGAAUCGUCAACUGAAGGAGAUCAUCGAUAAAAUAAAGUCGGACCACAUUCAGUGGUUCGAGACCGACGUCGGGGACUUCAGGGGAUUCCCGACGAAGGAGCACACGCAGUGCAUAUUGCUCGGCUACAGCCCGGAACCCACGAAGCUGAAAAAGUUGAUCCAGCAGGUGGAGGAAAAAUUUGAGGGGGUCAGCGAAGAUGAGGAUAUGGAGUUGGCAGGUGGGGAAGAAGGACGAGAGAAGGGGACCAAGCGAAGUCACGACAGUUCUUCGGACAGUGAUGAUGACAGUGACGAGCCCCAGAGGAAGACGCUGAAGAAGGACGAGGAGGCGGAAGAGGUCGAGAAGGUGGACAAGGAAGAGAAGCAGGAAAGUGGACUCAGCUUUAAGGACAAAGAGCGAGCGAAUAGCAGUCUGAAGUCUCUGGAGGGUCGCGACGUCGCUUAUCAAUACCACGCAAUUACAGGACUGAUCAGGAGGGCGGAGAGGGUCAUCACUUGUACUAAGGACGAGGAGAAAAUAAAAAAUAUGAAGGAGGCGAUCGAGGUUUACGAGAACUGGAUCACCGACUACAACGUCAAUGGGCGUUCAAAAGAAAAUUUCGGAUAUUUAGCCCUGGACUUGGUACAGGCGUACAAACCCCUCGCUGAUCGAUACGAAAUUGAAGAUACGGGUAUUUUGAAAGCCUACGAGCAGGAGGAGGGAGACUACAAAAGGCUUCGUGGUGUAAAAGUUCCAGAUACUAAAAUCACCUGGGACGUCGAGAGGAACAAGAAUCUUCGCGCUAUAACCGAAGAAAUAAAGAACAAACAUAUUCAAUGGUUCGAAACGGACCCCGAACUCCGUGGACUACCGACCAAGGAACACACGCAGUGCAUCAUGUGGGCGUUCAGCCACGAUGCAGCGAAAUUGAAGAAACUCCUACCUACCCUGAGAGAGAAGCUCAAGUUGACCGAGUAAACCUGCUUUGUAACGGAAUAUGUAUAAUAUCUUGUAUAAUCUUAAUAUUUUGUUAUGUAUUUUGUCUGUGUAAUUAAAGUUUUUCAAAUUUCA